CCUCCCGUUCGGUGACGCGGAGGCCGGGGCCGCGCCUGCUGACACACUCACACGCUCGCUUCGGCCCGGCCUGCGACUACCCCCCAGCCCAACCAUGGCGGCACUCACACGCCUCUCCUCCCGCCUGCGGUUCUGCCCCUCCGCCCGCCGCCCCGGGGGCGCCUGGUCCAAGGGAUGUGUUUGCUACUUUUCAACCAGCACACGUCGCCAUACCAAAUUUUAUAUGGAUCCAGUGGAAGCGGUAAAAGACGUCCCUGAUGGUGCAACAGUACUGGUUGGUGGUUUUGGGUUAUGUGGAAUUCCAGAGAAUCUUAUAGGAGCUUUGCUAAAGACUGGAGUAAAAGGACUAACUGCAGUCAGCAACAACGCAGGGGUUGACAACUUUGGUUUGGGCCUUUUACUUCGAUCCAAGCAGAUAAAACGCAUGAUCUCUUCGUAUGUGGGUGAAAAUGCAGAAUUUGAACGACAGUAUUUAUCUGGUGAAUUAGAAGUAGAGCUGACACCUCAGGGCACGCUUGCAGAGAGGAUUCGUGCAGGUGGGGCUGGAGUUCCUGCAUUUUACACCAGCACAGGGUAUGGGACCCUAGUGCAAGAAGGAGGGUCACCGAUCAAGUACAACAAAGAUGGCAGCAUUGCCAUUGCCAGUAAGCCAAGAGAGGUGAGGGAGUUUAAUGGUCAACAUUUUAUUUUGGAGGAAGCAAUCACAGGGGAUUUCGCUUUAGUGAAAGCCUGGAAGGCAGACCGAGCAGGAAAUGUGAUUUUCAGGAAAAGUGCAAGGAAUUUCAACUUGCCCAUGUGCAAAGCUGCAGAAACCACAGUGGUGGAGGUUGAAGAAAUUGUGGAUAUUGGAUCAUUUGCCCCAGAAGACAUUCAUAUUCCUAAGAUUUAUGUACAUCGCCUUAUAAAGGGAGAAAAAUAUGAGAAAAGAAUUGAGCGUUUAUCAAUCCGGAAAGAGGAAGAUGUAAAAACCACAUCUGGUAAACCUGGAGAUAAUGUAAGGGAACGUAUCAUCAAGCGGGCAGCUCUUGAAUUUGAGGAUGGCAUGUAUGCUAAUUUGGGCAUAGGAAUACCGCUUCUGGCCAGCAACUUUAUCAGCCCCAGCAUGACUGUCCAUCUGCAAAGUGAAAAUGGAGUCCUGGGUUUGGGUCCUUACCCAUUAGAAAAUGAAGUUGAUGCAGAUCUAAUCAAUGCAGGCAAGGAAACAGUUACUGUUCUUCCAGGAGCCUCUUAUUUCUCCAGCGAUGAAUCAUUUGCGAUGAUUAGAGGGGGACAUGUCAAUCUAACAAUGCUAGGAGCCAUGCAGGUUUCCAAAUAUGGUGACCUGGCUAACUGGAUGAUACCAGGGAAGAUGGUGAAAGGAAUGGGAGGGGCUAUGGAUCUAGUGUCCAGUGCCAAAACCAAAGUGGUGGUCACCAUGGAGCACUCUGCAAAGGGCAAUGCACAUAAAAUCAUGGAGAAAUGUACGUUACCACUGACAGGAAAACAAUGUGUCAACCGCAUCAUUACUGAAAAGGCUGUAUUUGACGUGGACAACAAGAAAGGCCUGACUCUGAUUGAACUCUGGGAAGGCCUGACAGUGGAUGACAUAAAAAAGAGCACUGGGUGCGAUUUCGCAGUUUCACCAAAACUCAUACCAAUGCAGCAGAUCGCAAUUUGAAAUGUGGAGUAGACUUUUGUCCCAAGCUGUGUGUUUUUCAUUUUAACCACAUAGGAUUUUAUUAAAAGGACAUCAGUAAUCAUAACUGUAUAUCUAACAAGCAGUUUUUGACUAGUUUUCUAUCAUCUUAAUGCUUUAUACAGCCAUGUAGACUUUGUUCUCUCAAGCGUACUGUGACAUUUUAAUGAAAAACAAAAAGAAAAAAAAUAUUAUCUUAUUUGCUUUAUAAGUGCUGAGAAGGUCAUAUUUACAGUUGCUGCUCACAUUGGGUUUAUCUUCAUCUUCUGUGGUAUGUACAUUAAAUUGUGUGCAGUUUGUACCAAGAUGGGCCCUUACUUAGGAAGAGUUUCAUUGAUGUACUUUCCCUCCUAACUAAAUCAUGACACAUAGAAAAAAAAAA